AUGGAGUGGAAUCCACGAAAGAGAAAUUUUAACCUGGAAAAAAAACGACAAAACACUUUGAAAUUAAUCGAAACACAAAAUCACCCACUCAGCAAAUCAUCACACACGGCAACAACAAACGCCGGACAGUCCCCAUCAAUGACGGCCAUCACUAAUUCAAUUUCCAACUCAUCCGUCUCCGAGAACUCUGUCAGAUCAUUGCCUUCCGUUAAUAAACUCCUGGCUACCACCACUACUAGCAGCAGUGAAGAUUUUGUAGAUCCGUUGUCCAGGUUUGCUGCAGAGGCAGACGAACGGCAGCAGACGAGUAGCAGAGGCGAGGCUAGUAGUAAGACCCGCCAAUCCGUGGACGAAACUGCAUUGUUAAUGGAUAAUGAAUUGGUUAAAAAGGUGGCCGUCACUGAUUCUGUUACUAAGGGUUAG